AUGAAGGCGCCGCUCACCAGGCCCUGGGAGCGCGCGGGGGAAGCGGCUCGCUCGCGGGCGGGCACCCAUGCUGCUGCGCCCCUGUACUCGCAGCGCUGCACCACAAGCCUGAGCUGCAGGGCCCGGGUGCUCGAGCCGCCGAUGGGGCCCAGGAAGAUCGGGCGAUGGCCAUCACCCUCGAGCGAGCGGUCAGAGCUGGUGAUUCCAGCCCGCGGGAGCGGGCAGUUCGUGAACUUCGAGACGUGCAGUGCGCUGGCGAUCGCGGUGGCUAACGGCGACGUGGGCGUGGGCCGUGAUCCCAGCGCCUCGACGCUGCGUCUGUGGCCGCAGGCAAUCGUUUGGAUGGAGUUGGCCAAUCUGGCCGAGGCCGCCCUAGCCGGGAUCAGGGAGCUGGAGAAGGCGGUCCAGAAGGCCAGCCCAGCUAUGUUGAAGGAGCUCAGCCAGGUAGAUCCCAGCAAGGUGGAGCAGGUGAUCAGAGAGACAGAUCCGAGGGACCUCAUGGACUUCGUGAACCGGAUCAACACGGGCGAGCGUUGGCUGCACAAUUGGCCAUGGCUGCUGGCGUCCGCCGUCGCCCUGGCCCUGGCGGUCUUCCUGGGGGUGAGGCUGAUGCAGCGGAUGUUCGGAAGGCGCGCAAAGACGUGGGCCAACUGGGCGCCGCAGGUGCAGGAGGGCACCCAGCUCAGCAUGCUGGGCUCCAACGCCUCCUUCGACGCGGAGCAGCCGUGGAUAUCGGUCGACCCCUCCGGCUCCGCAUAA